AUGUUUAGAGAAAACGGUGCUCGGUAUCUCGCUUUGGGGCUUCUGGUAGCCAUUGGACUAUAUUUUGGCUUAUACACGGGAGGUGGUGUGACUAGGUACGAGAGUCAAUGCCCUUCCACGAAGACUCACCGGCCAGCUGCUUUUGAAUCGCACAAGCAUGUGCUCGAUAGGAUAUUGCAUGACCCGGACUUCAGGAACGAGUCGGUCACCAAGCUCCAAAAAGCCAUUCAGAUCAGAACAGAGGUGCAUGAUGACGACACAGAAUUGGUGGAAGAUGAUUUCGAGUACUGGUCCAAGUUUGAUAAGUUCGAGGAGUACCUGAAUUCAACUUUUCCGCUGUUUUAUAGUCAUGUGACUCUGCACAAGGUCAAUUACCAUGGGCUGGUAUACAUAUGGCAGGGAAGCAAUCAAAACUUGAAACCGUUGUUGCUAAUGGCUCAUCAGGAUACCGUUCCGGUUUCUGAAGACAGUCUUUCGCAAUGGGAGCACGAUCCGUUUGCUGGCUACUAUGACGGUACAAAUCUCCAUGGUAGAGGAAUUGCUGAUUGUAAAGACCAGCUUGUUGGAUUAUUUGAAAGUGCCGAAGAACUGAUCAAAACAGGGUUUGCUCCUAAGAGAACCAUCAUCUACUCGUUUGGCUUUGACGAAGAAGUUAUGGGUAACCGUAAUAAAAAUGCAAAGUGGAUUGAACAGCAAUAUGGAGCAGACUCUAUUUAUGCGGUUGUUGAUGAAGGAGGAGUCAACCUGGACACCAUUGAGGGAGUGAAGAUGUCCGUUCCUGGAACGGCAGAAAAGGGGUACGUGGAUCUGAAAGUGAUUAUCGAGACGCCUGGUGGACAUUCAUCAAUUCCACCUCCUCAUACUUCGAUUGGAAUGAUGGGUGAAAUGAUCGUUGCUAUUGAAAACCUAGAUAUUCCCACCUACUUUACACCAGCAAAUCCAGCUUACUGGGAAUACGUCUGUGUUGCAGAGCACUCUCCUCAGAUCACUCCAAAGGCAAAGAAGAGUAUUUUGAACUCGCGCUUUGACAAAGCAUCCAAUAAGGAUGCUCGCAAGUAUAUUGACAUUGAUCUGCACAAAGGGUUUGUGGUCAAGUCAACGCAGGCUUUGGAUAUUGUUUUUGGAGGCGUCAAGGCCAAUGCUCUUCCUGAGUACGUGGAGCUGACUAUCAACGUGCGGAUUGCCAUGGAAGAAACGGUGGAGAUAGUUUCCAGAAGGAUACUCGGAGCUGUUGAACCAGUUGCAGAAAAAUACGGACUAGGUCUCACAUUCCGUCUAAACGGAGACGAAAAGAUCCUUGAUCCAAAAUCCCAAGGUCACUGCCUGGUGAAUGUUGUCUCGUUGCUGGAACCUGCUCCAGUAACACCGAUCAACGAUGAAGAAUGGGACAUUUUUGCAGGCACUAUCAAGCACGUCUACGAAGACCUGGUUGCGCCAAAUCAGACUCUUGUGGUUGCACCGGGAAUUGGUUCUGGAAACACAGAUACCAAGUGGUACUGGAAUCUUACUAGGCACAUCUACCGCUACAGACCUGGUCAGCUUCCUGGGGUUUAUUCUAAAGAGCACGGUGUUAACGAGUUCAUUCCAGUCGACUCGCAUCUACAUCUCAUUGCAUUCUUUUACGAGUACAUUUUGAGUGUGGAUGAAGCAGAAGAUACCACUGAGUUUUCAAGCCCAUUAUUUCAGAUAGAAAACUAA